GUCUUCCAAGGCGCUGGAGCUGGUGCCUGCCUGAGGCAGAAUGGCGUCGCUGGUGGCUUUCCGGCAGUUGCGAGAUGUGGUCGCGGCCCAGGAGAUGUUGGUGGAGAAGCUGAGGCGGCAGAUUGCGGUACUGGAGGAGAAUUCUGUCAGCAGGGUGGAAUAUGAGGCCAUUGUGAAGAAGCUAGAGAAGGAAGAGAAAGAACACGCAGAGACCAAGAGUUAUCUGGCUAAGAAAUCUGAACAGCUGGAGUUUGCCCUUGGGGAGAUUGAUAUUCUGUCGAAGCAACUUGAGAGGGAGAAACAAGCAUUUGAAAAUGCACUUUCCAAUGUGAAAAACAGAGUGUUAAAGGAAUCAAUCCAAAAAGACAAGCUGAAAAUCAAAUGUACUGAAAUUGAGAGCCAUAUUCAGAAACAGGAAGACAUUGUAAAUUCUAAAGACAAUGAGAUAAAGGAGCUGCAACACUUUGUCAACAAACAAAAGCAAACUCUAAAAAAACAAGCAUCUGACUUCAAAAUACAGAAACAACAGGAAUAUUAUAUAGCAAAAGUUCUUGGGGGGAAAACCAAGAAGAGCGUUAAUUAACUACAGCAGCAUUCCCUUGUAAGUCAUUUGUAAAGGUCAAAGGUGAUCCAUCUAUACGCCAAACUCUAUAAUUUAGUAACUCAAGUUUUGGAUCUUUCUGCAAAUAAUUUAAAAAUCAUUCCUAAUACAGGAUCCUGUGUUGUAAUCUGUCAGAUGCCAGUUUGGUGUGCCUCUGAAAAUGAAAGAGAAGGCCUGAAACACAUGUAACUGUUGUUAACAUCAAGUGGAAUCUGUACACUAAAACUUACAAAUAAAUAAUUUUAAGCUAA